AUGCAACUUCAAGAAGAAAUCAACGAUUUAAUGUCUUCUCCUAGCUUUAACUGUUACUACUCAGAUAGUUUGACAGCCAUGGCAGCCGCGAAAGUCAGCCGUGAGUUCAAGCAGGAACAGGUUCAUGAACUAAGUUAUGUUAAUGAAGAGGAUUUUGAGUUCUCGGUGGAGCUCUCCGAUGUAGAACUUAAUUCUGGCAAACAGAUCGAUCUCGAAGAUCCUCAAUUCGUUUUUCCAAUUUUCGACAACGAGAAACUCACCAAGGACGAUGCGGUUGAAGAAAUCGAUAUUGCUUCUUCUUUUAGGAUUCAGGUACAGAAAUUGUUUGUUGAUGAUGUUGAAGAAUCAUCGUCUUCUUCUUCAGUAGAAGCUUCCGAAUUGGAAACUCGACAUUCUGGAAUUUUCUGUAUGUGGAGGUCAAAACCUGACGUUGCGUACUCGCCUCUUACAAAAAGUAAAAAGAGCAGCUCUACUGGAUCCGGAUUGAGAAGAUGGAGAAUCUGGAAUUUACUCCGGCGGAACCGCAGCGAAGGUAAGGCGUCGGCAUUCUUACUGUGGCAUAAGAAAGUGGAGACCUCGAAGCAAAAAUGGAAUGCAAAGUCCGACGAGAUUAACAGAGUCGCCGGAAAACUAAAAACUCCGUCGUCUCCGUCGUUUCACGAGCUAUUUUACGUGCAGAAAAGAGCAGAACAGAAAGGCGAUAAGAUGAAGACGUUUCUACCUUACAAACAAGAUCUCCUUGGGUUCUUUGUUAAAAUCAACAGAAUUGGGGUAUCAUUCUAA